AUGUCCGACGACGAUGAUUUCAUGCAGGAUUCUGACCAGGAAGACUACGAUUUCGAGUACGAGGAUGAAGAUGAGGACCAGGCUGGCGAUGUCGACAUCGAGAACAAGUACUACAACGCCAAGCAGAUGAAGGUCGACAACCCAGAGGAGGCCAUCGACGAGUUCUUGGGCGUCCCUGCCCUUGAGGAAGAGAAGGGAGACUGGUGCGCCAUCAAGCUCGGGUUCAAGCUACGCCGCUACGAUCAAGCCGUCCAGCACUACCAGGAGCUACUCACCUACGUCAAAUCCGCCGUCACCCGCAACUACUCGGAAAAGUCCAUCAACAACAUGCUCGACUUCAUCGAGAAGAACGCAGAGGACGACGCUGCCAACAAGUGCAUGGAGCAGUUCUACUCCAAGACACUUGACUCGUUCCAGAGCACAAAUAACGAGCGUCUCUGGCUCAAGACAAACACAAAGUUGGCUCGCCUCUGGCUCGAUCAGAAGGACUACCGCCGCCUGACCGACAAGGUGCGCGAGCUUCACAAGGCCUGUCAGUUGGAAGACGGUUCCGACGAUCCAAGCAAGGGCACAUACUCGCUCGAGGUCUACGCUCUGGAAAUCCUCAUGCUAAUCUUACAUCUCGUUUUCAGNGCCCUCUAUCAGCGUGCCCUCAAGGUCAGAUCGGCCGUGCCACAUCCCAAGAUUAUGGGCAUCAUCCGAGAAUGUGGAGGCAAGAUGCACAUGAGUGAAGAAAACUGGAAGGAGGCUCAAUCAGACUUCUUCGAGUCGUUCCGCAAUUACGACGAGGCCGGCUCGUUGCAGAGAAUCCAAGUGCUCAAGUAUCUGGUUCUGACGACCAUGCUUAUGGGCUCCGAUAUCAACCCCUUUGAUUCGCAGGAGACCAAGCCAUACAAGAACGAUCCUCGUAUCGCUGCCAUGACUGAGCUGGUCGAUGCUUACCAGCGAGAUGACAUUCACCGGUACGAGUCGAUCCUGCAGAAGAACAAGGAUUUGUUGGCCGACCCUUUCAUUGCCGAAAACAUUGACGAAGUCACGCGAAACAUGCGCACAAAGGCCGUUGUCAAGCUGGUCGCUCCUUACACGCGGUUCCGCCUCUCUUUCAUUGCCAAGCAGCUGAAUAUCUCCAUUCCAGAAGUCCAAGACAUUGUGGGCUUCUUGAUCAUGGACCAGAAGCUCCACGGCAAGAUCAACCAGGAAGCCGGAACUGUCGACAUUGAAAGUAGGGCAGACUUGGAUCGCAUGCACGCAGUCGCAGACUGGACAUCAGCUGUACGUUCUCUGGCUGCAUUCGUCCUGAACGACGGUGAGGGUUUCAAAGGUGACGACGGAGCACCAUCCAUGGCAAAUCCCGAGGCGUUCUUCCCUUCCUCUACGCAUCGUACCAACAUGCCUGCUGGGAAGCGCAGACUUCAAUCCCGGGUCCCAGGUUGA